UGUUGCAUCAUCUCUAGCGCGGAGCGGAACAGUCAGUCUCUCGUAACAGAGCGAGGUGAAAUGGCCGCUUGAGCAGUGAUGCACGUCAAUCGCAGUUCUAAAGUUAAGAAAGAUUAAAAGAGAAGUUGAGCUGAUUCGUCUGGUAAAACUGAUUCCCUUGAUACAUCGAAAUCGUUUCUGAUUGUUGUCGAUUUAUUUUUGGUAAGUGAGCUCAUAAAUCCUCCCUAUUUAGCUAUAUGAUUUGUGUAUUUUCAAUCUUUUGUGGAGUUGAGUGUUCUUAAAUAAUACUGUGAUGUAUAUAUCUUGUGAAAUAUGUUGAUAAAUGAGUUUAUAUGUAAAUUUAUCACUUAAAUAUGCUGUUGAUCUGCUGUUUACAAAUGUUUAUAUCCAUUUUCUAACUUUGUGAAUGUGACAAGUGUAACGUAGCUCACGUGGAGUUUUUGCUAACCAUGCGGGCCACGUGCUACGAGCUACGAGCUAAUUGAGUGCACAUUCGUCACUUUAUGACAUUAUUCUUCAUUAAUAGUUAUAUUUCUGUUGAAAUAUAUGAAAAAAGAGAAAAAUGUGUAAAAUGUGUAGCAUUUUAAAGCAUUUAAUGUGUUGAAAGUGAUCAUUUGAAAUAUUAAUGUUGUUAUAUGAAAAUUAAUUGUGAUUUUCUGCCUUGUUUUUGCAAGGUUGGGUUUUUUUUUCCUCUCUUUUGUUUUCCCUCUCCAUCAUCUUGUUCCUGGUCCUUUUACAUCUCUCUGGAAACUGAACGAGGAUUCGUUCAGAAUCGUUUCUGCCAACAACGAGUAGUGCUCAGUAUUGGUGGAGACUGGCGAGCCAACCUGGUUUUCUCGAGCUUGUAUAUUUGAUUGUUUCUUCAAAGUGGUAGGAUCUCACUUAUUCUGUGAACAAGAACUGUGUUUUCCCUUUUGCAUUUUUCAUCUUGGAACUGUGUGUUUGCGCUCCUUACACUAACUGAACAUUGAAACAGGAGUACGAAGGAACACUGAGUUAAACUCUUGUUAAGUUGCUUGAGUUUAUUCCAAAGACAUUCCAGUCGGUUGAAAAGGACUCUGAUUCUGUGUCAUUUUGCACUUUAUUGGGCAUUGUUUCUGCUGUUAUUUUGUUAUUUUUUGUUUUAUUCGUUUUCUUCUAUUGAAGCUGUUCUGAAAAGAGAGCACAAGUUGCUAUGAAGCUGUGAUUUGUGUAAAUGGGACAUACCAUCUGUUUGUAAAAGAAAAGUGUGUUCAAAGGUAUACAGCUAACCAAACCAAGCUAGAAAAUUGAACUGAGUGAAUUAGGAAUACUAAAGUUAAUUAAAUAAUAGAACAAAAUAAAUAACUAAAUUCAUAGUAGCAAAUUAAAUAUACUAAAUACAUAAAUAUUUUAUACAUAACUAAGGAAAUAAAUAACACACAAAGAGUCAAUAACUGAACGGUUUCAUUUAAAGGAGUUUAUUAACAAAGGGGUGUUAUUGUGAAAUACAUUAUUGUUUAAUUCACUGCUUUUUGUUUUGUCCCUUGUUUAUUUCAAGAAACAGUUUAAUACAAGAAAACAUAAAAAGAAAGAAAAUACUCACCUUUUAAAUCAUAGUUCUGUCUCUUGUCGUCUUUUCCCUUGUCGUGCUGCAACGCUGGCUCAAGAGCGAACAUAGACUUCUGAUCUGGUCCAAGGUAUUAGAAAGUGUGUUUUAUGAGACUGUAGUCGCGUGUGCUACAGAAAAGUUGGCGAGCCAGCCAGGAGCCAGUUCUUGCAGCGAGGGUAACUGUUAAGAAACAGAAAAGGGAAAUUUGUAAGACACAAGAAGCAAAUUAUCAAACUUGCAACCGUCGCAAUGGAAAUUGUGAAACAAGAGGACGUUAACGUGUCAAAUGCGCUCAUAGUUGAGGGCCUUACGUUAACUGAAACAGACAAUGAGCUAGAAAUGUACCUGCAGAGACAUGGUUCAAUCAACCGAACCAUAAUAAUUGAUAGCCCAGCCUCAGAGUUCCAUAGAAAUGCCAUCAUUGAGUAUAACCAUAACUCAGCAAUCCAAAGUUUGUCCCCUUCCCUACCCUUAACAUUAGGGAGCCUUUCUGACCCAGAUGUUACCUUCAGAGUGCGCGCCUUAGCUAAUGUCUACACUGAACCUGCUAACGACACUGCCACUGAAAGAUAUCUGGAAAACCUGAAAACCGUUGCCAAAGAGAGUAAAAGGCCCUUUCAAACGGUACUUCAAGAGGAGUUGUUGAAGCUCAGAGAAACCCACUCUGUUAACCAAGAUCCAGCAGAACCUCAGAGUGUAGGAGCUAUCGCUCCACCGCCGAUAAGUAGCUUCCAGACCCUCAGUCUGGCUCACCCAAAAGUGACAGAGACUCAAACCUCAGAACUUAAAAACCCAACCAAGAAUAACGUGACAUAUGUGUCUCCCCCCUCUCCAGAAACCACCACAGAUGGUGUUACUGUGACAACCAGUUCUGCUUUCCUCACAAACGUAGUGGACCCACCCAGUGUCCAGAGAAUGGUGGUUGAACACAUAGUGAAAACAGGCGACGCCACCCUGUCACAGCAAACCUCGGUCCGUCUGAGGGUUUUCUCAGGGAGAUCUCCUCGUCCUCCCAACGAGCCAGACUUUGACACUUGGCGUGCCAGUGUCGACUUCUUGUUAACCGAUCCUUCUAUCUCUGACUUGCACAGAACACGAAAAAUCCUUGACAGUCUCUUACCUCCAGCAGCCGACAUCGUAAAGCAUGUGCGCCCUCAAGCCUUACCUGCUGUGUAUCUUGAGCUGUUAGAGUCCGUGUAUGGUUCCGUUGAGGAUGGAAAUGAGCUGCUGGCCAGACUAAUGAACACCCUACAAAAUCAGAGUGAGAAACCAUCAGACUAUCUGCAUCGUUUACAAGUCCUUCUGAGUGCAGUGAUCAGACGAGGUGGUAUAGCAGAAAGUGAACGUGAACGUUACCUUCUGAAGCAGUUCUGCAGAGGGUGUUGGAAUGAUCGCCUCAUUGCUGAUCUUCAACUUGAAAGAAGAGAAACUCAACCUCCCACCUUUGCCGAAUUAGCAGUACUCAUUCGAACCCAAGAAGACAAACAUGCCUCUAAGGAGGAACGGAUGAGGAAACAUCUUGCGAUGACAAAACCACAAAAUGCCUAUCCUAAGUCACGGGCGAUCUCUAACAAUGUGUCUGCCUGUCCAUGUGACGUGCCCAAUUCUGAUAGCUCUGAAACCAGUGUUCUGAAGAAACAAAUUGCUGAAAUUCAAGCACAAGUUACCGCUUUGAAGCAGUCUCCUGAUCAAAAGAGAACAAAGAGUCAUUCUGAGAAUGCAGAGCUGACCGCUUUAAAGAAAACUGUGGAAGAGUUAUGCACACAAGUAGCCUUGAUGAAAGCAUCGGUUGCACAGGGAUUAAGACAAAACAAUGAUGAGUCAGAAAUAGCUAGGCUUCAGCGUCAAGUAGCGGAGCUGCAAAUUCAAAGUACUGCUUACAAAGUACCUCGAACUUCAAACACGCAAAGACCACUUGAAACAGAUAUGAACAAAAGUCCAAGGAUGGGACCACUGAAAGUUAAUAGACCACGACCCUGGUACUGUUUCCGAUGCGGAGAAGAUGGACACUUGGCCAUUAAUUGCGAGAAUGCUGCAAAUCCUUCCAAAGUUGAGGAGAAGCAACUCCAGUUAAGAGAACAACAAAGACAAUGGGACUCUCAACAUGGAAGGCCUGCCCAGCCUUUAAACUGAAAGGGGUCUCUGUAGAGGGGCAUAUGGAGACCAGACGUUCAGACUGUCGCCCUGAAUGUUACAAACAUGAUGUGAAUAACCAUGAUAUACCACCAUUGAAACGCUUGCCCGAGGGGUUAGUGGGAAUUAAAUGCACAGCAAAGGUCACCAUCGAAGAGAGAGAGGUAGAUUGUCUGUUGGAUACAGGAUCACAGGUGACUACGAUCCCCCAGUCAUUUUAUGAGACAAAUCUCCCAGACAUCCCUUUGAAACCACUGGAAAACUUGCUGGAAGUAGAAGGAGCCAACGGACAGGCUGUGCCUUAUUUAGGUUACAUUGAGUUGACUCUAAAAUUUCCUAGGGCAUUUGUAGGAACUGAAGUUGAAGUCCCCACCCUAGCCUUAGUGGUGCCAGACCUAACAAGCUUUUCCCAAGUUCUUGUAGGGACCAACUCCUUAGAUGUGCUGUAUAGCAAAGUUGCUAAAGAAAGUAGGCAUAACCCCCAGUCAAGC